GCCAACAAGUUAUUCCUUCUCCAAUGAGCUACUAUAUGAAGGUCACCCCCAACCUCAAGGUGAUCAUGUUUGUUGCCUCGCAAGAGAGGGGAGCAAAGAGCUUGAAGUGGUGCAACAACCUCAAAGCUAGUCUAAACUAGUAGGAGGUUGUCUGCAUUAGAGGACAAAAGAUGGCACGCGGAAAGGUGCAGAUGAGACGGAUUGAGAACCCUGUCCAGCGGCAGGUCACCUUCUGCAAGCGCCGAGCCGGACUGCUCAAAAAGGCUAGGGAGUUGUCAGUGUUGUGUGGUGCUGAUAUUGGCAUCAUUAUAUUCUCCACCCAUGGCAAGCUUUAUGAGCUAGCCACUAACGGGGACAUGCAAAGUUUGAUUGAGAGAUACAAGAGCAUUGGUGCAGAAGCUCAAAUUGAAGGUGGUGAAGUGAAUCAACCUCAGGUCUCAGAACAGGAGAUAUCCAUGUUGAAGCAAGAGAUCAAUCUGCUGCAGAAGGGCAUAAGGUAUAUGCAUGGAGAGGGAGAAGGACAUAUGACACUUGGUGAAUUGCAAGCCUUGGAGAGGCAUCUUGAAAUAUGGAUGUGCCACAUUCGUUCUACUAAGAUGCAGAUCAUGUUCCAAGAGAUCCAAUUGCUGAAAAACAAGGAGGGCAUACUGAAGGCUGCUAAUGAAAUCCUUCAGGAAAAGAUAGCAGAGCAAAAUGGGCUUUUUGAUAUAGGUGCAGUGACAGCAGGCAUUCCAUAUCCACUAACCAUACAGGAUAACAUAUUUCAAAUUUAGUAGUUCUCAGUUAGGCUAUUAGUGCAAUGGAUGACAAUAAAGCUUGUGGAGAUUUCUUAUGUGAGGUUUGUUGGUGUCUGUCCUAAGAACUGGGCCUGUGUAUGCUACCUAUAUAUUCCAACACCUUAUCUUGAAUGUCGGAUGUUAUUGUAUUUGUUGCCCCGGAGACUAGGGAUUUACUUUCUCUUCUAUGAGUGCCAAUAAUCUAAUGUGAAGAACAAAUUAUCAGUCCUCUAUUUACUGUUUUACUGGUUUAAUUAGAAGAACUGUUACUGGAUGGAGUGGAGAAUGCAGCAGAACAUAGCACCACUGAAUCUGGAUUCUGUACAACCUAAUAACCAUUUACCUUAAGUUCUACGGUGAAAAAUCUUGUUGCCACUUGGUUUUCUUUAAAUUAGCAUGAAUCAUGAUAUGACAGCCCUAUAGGAAUUGAUCUU